UAUUCAUCUCACACGUGUCACCGAAGCUCGAUAUCAGGACCCGUGGCUCAUGUUCGACGGACUCGCAUGGCUUUACCCCUGGUUACAACCCUAACAAGCAAACGUGAACCAUUGCAGGAAGUGCUGCCCUAAGCUGGUCGGGCGUGCGUCGGCCUUCCCUAGGAGAAGACCCUCUAUAAACACCGAUCUUGAUGCGCCGUUCCCUUCACCGACCCUCAAGUUCGUCAUGUCAUGGCGGCAAAAGAUCUUCAGCCGUUAGGCCAAAACGUGCCUCUUGUCGAUGUGGACGAGAAUGAGCAUGCGCAAAAGCAACCAUGGGCUAUGCCUCCGGAGCCAGAUUCCGAUGAUGAAGUCUCCAUCAACUCCUACGAGGCACAAUACAUAGACUCCGUCGAGGAGAACGACCGCCGAUACUGUAACGAAACCUAUUACAUGCCCAACGACGAAGCCGAACAAACCCGUCUGAACAUCGUUCACCAGAUCUACCUCAUCCUACUGGACGGCCAUCUGACCGCUGCCCCCAUCGCCACAGAUGCGCCGCGCAUCCUCGACAUCGGUACCGGACCAGGUGACUGGGCCAUCGAGAUGAGCACCGCCUACCCCCACGGCACCAUCAUCGCCUCGGACAUCAGCGUCUUCGACAACGGCCUUGGCCACGUCGACCUCCCCAACGUGUUCUUCCGCCUCGACGAUGCCCGCGAUGACUGGGCCUAUCACGCCCCCUUCGACCUAAUCCAUCUCCGCGGCCUCUCCGGCGCCUUCCCAGAUUGGCCCUUCAUCUACCAGCAGGCCUUCCGCCACCUCGUCCCCGGAGGGUAUCUCGAGGUCGCCGAUACCGACUUCGCUGCGGAGACCACCACCUCCCUGCCGACGAAUUCCUACCUACGUCUCUUUUUCUCGGUCCUGAGCUCCGCCGCCGAAUCAGCCGGCUGCCUGCGCGAUAUGACCCAUCUCCAACCCAACCUCCUCAGCGCCCACGGCUUCGUCGACAUCCACGUCCACGAAUACACCUUCCCCAUUGGCCUGUGGCCCGAAAAUCCCCGUGACCGCACCCUAGGCAAAAUGGGCCUCAUUGCCCUCCUCGAGGGCCUGGAAGCAAUCAGUCUGCGUCUGCUGACAGCUUCCUACGGUUGGGGUCCCGAGGAGGUGCGAGAUUUGUGUGACCAGGUGCGCGCGGAGAUCCUCUCCGGCGGGUAUCGGGUUAGUGUGAGCGUUCGAAUGAUCACGGGUCGGAAGCCGUUGGAUAGGUAGUACCUACCUACCUACGUGGACCUAUUAUUAAUGACUACAAUGAACCAACAGUAAAGAAACUUGGACAUAUCAACAAUGUCGGAUUGAAUCCGGUUUGAUUUCGGAAAUUUGACUUCGCUCAAAGAAAUGACAUUAUAUAACCCGGCCACGAUGAAGACCAGACCAGACCUUAUGUAUCUGAUUCUAUAGACAGCCAGCCUGCCAGUCACCAAACGUGACAUAUUCAUACAUACAUACAUAGCAUACCAUAAUGGCUUGAAUAAGAUGAAACACAGACAGACAGACCCUUUUUGAUCCUAACGCCGUCCGAACCCAAUGCAGUCGAGCAACGACAAAAGGCUAGAAACAAGAACAAGACUUAC